AUGACUUCCCAGACAAUCCAUGUCGGUAUUCUACUUGUGGACAUUGUCCAGCUCCUCGAUUUAGCAGCCAUUGACCUUUUGUUCAUGACGUGCCCGGAGUAUCUCACGGAAUUGGGAGUUCCCAAACCCAUCAUAGACCUCGGCCGGCCUUGCAAGAUCUCCUAUAUCGCCUUAGACGGACCAACAGGAAGCCGUGAUCUCACAUCACAAACCUCAAUUCCUAUCACGCAUUCACUAGACGAUGCAGAAGUGGCACCAGGUAAACUCGACUUGAUCUAUCUUCCCGGGCCACCACCUAAGCGCAUGCCGCCGGCAAAGGAGUACCUCGAGUUCCUACAAAAGCACGAUGCCGCAAACGUGACAAUCCUCAGUAUCUGUACUGGGGCAUUGGUAGUUGCGCACGCGGGUCUAACAAAAGGCAGAGUAGUCACUGCGCCGCGGUUUUUAAUUCCGGAGCUGAGGAAGAACUUCCCCGAUGUCACGAUUUGGGAUGACACGGUGCGCGUUACGAAAGAUGGCAACCUUUGGAUGUGUGGCGGUAUCACAAAUGGCCAUGACCUCAUGAUUGAGUAUCUCCGCCAGAACUACCCAGCACCACUUGUGAAUACUGUUCUGACUGCGGCGGAGAUCGUGCCUCGUGAAUUGGAAUAUACCAAUGGACCCAUGGUGGAUUUUCUGUGGAUGUUUUGGCAGGUGGUUUGCGCUCUUCCAUAUUCUGCUGUUCGCUUGGUGAAGGGCAAUUAA